AGCAAUUGGUUGAAUGGUCCUAACUACGCAUGCGCAUGCUAUAGUGAGGUACUGCAGCGUUUGCGGUUGUACUUCGGACAGCGGGACAGACGAAGUAGUUUCUAGGUUUUUUCAGCACUUUAAACCGCUGGCUUUGUUUGUACUGUUGUAUUUCGCGAUAUAGUAGCGGACUUGAUCUGUAUACACAUCACUUUUAAUAAUGCCUCGGGGCGGGAAAAGAGGCCACAAGGGCAGGGGGAAGCAAUUCAGCAACCCUGAGGAGAUAGACCGACAGAUGAAGGCGCAGAAAGAGUUGGACGAAAAUCCUGGUGCAGAGAAGGUGGACUCUGCAGAUUCUGAGGACGAGAGCAGCAGUGACGACGAUACUGAGAGGAAGAGAAGUGGGGUGGAGGGCCUUAUAGAGAUUGAGAAUCCCAACCGUGUGUCUCAGAAGAGCAAGAAGGUGACGGAAUUAGACGUCAGUGCUCCCAGAGAGCUGUCUCGCCGGGAGAGAGAGGAGAUUGAGAAGCAGAAAUCAAAGGAACGCUACAUGAAGCUCCAUCUUGAGGGGAAGACUGAGCAGGCCAGGGCCGACCUGGCCAGGCUGGCCAUCAUCAAGAAACAGAGGGAGGAUGCUGCCAAGAAGAGAGAUGAACUCAGGAAAGAUGCUGAAGAUUCCAAAGCAAAGCGCUAGUCCUCCAUCUGAAAGCUUUAACUUCAGUCUCGGAGGGAUGGAGAGAGAGAAGGAGAUCUGGAGGUGGAGAACGGGGAGGGGGACCAAAACCAACGGCAUCGGAUCAGGAGUGCUCCUGAACUCCUGUCCCUCAUUUGAAAUCAGAGGGGCGUGGUUCUUCCUUAACAGAUGGUCAGGACGGGGGAAACGGGUGGAUCAAAGUGAGAUAAAAAGGAAUGCACCAUUUGGGAUGCCUCUAGUUUUCUUCCCCAAGAGGAGACGAUCGCAGGUUUACCAAGUGCUUCACUGCCUCUUUACUCUUCCCCACCCACCAGGGUUUUAAUUCUGAAGCUGCUGAAGUUAUUUCCAUUCCGUUUGAUUUACACAUUUUUACAAGGUUACCUAAUACAAGUUUACUGAAUGACUGAACAGGAAUUACAGUGAGCGUGCAUGGGGCUUUUCCUUCCAUCUCGCCUGUUUUUGUAAGAAGGCAAAUCCGUGACGGAUGGAGA